AUGGAGGGGUCGCGAACUAUGACACUCCUAGCGCCGCCCAGUACGGUGCGCACGUUGAACGACGAUGCCGCAACUGCAGUGCUGGAAAGGCGUUUCCGCAUACUCAGAGUAACCCAGCCACGAAGGGUCACCUGGCAGGAGGGCACCAUCGACAACGAGGGGCAGCACAAGAAGAGCAGCAAGUGCUGCUGCGUGUUCACCAGGCGCCAGCGAUACGAAGACGAGAGCUCAGACGGUAGGGCUUGA